AUGGCACCUAUCAAAGUUGGUGUCGUAGGCUACGGCAACUCAGCCAAGAGCUUCCACUUGCCAUUCAUCACUUCUAUCCCAGACUACGAAGUCGUUGCUAUUCUUCAGAGAAAAGAAGCCCCUGCCGAUCCAUCGUCCGCUGAGAAGGGCUCGCACUGUACCGUUGACUUUCCUCACAUCAGACAUUAUCGCACAGGCGAGGAGUUCUUCGCCGACAAAGAUAUCCAGUUUGUAGUUGUCGCUACACAGCAUGAUACACACGCAUCUUUUGCAGAGCAGGCGCUUAACGCGGGAAAGCAUGUGAUUGUGGACAAGCCUUUUGCUGUUUCGGCUGAAGAGGCUGAUAGGGUGAUCAGAUUGGGUGAAGAGAAGGGUCUCAUUCUUACUUGUUUUCAGAACCGACGAUGGGAUGCAGACUUUCAGACCCUUCGCCACCUCAUUAACAAAGGUGCACUGGGCGACAUCAAAGAAGCUGAGUUGCACUAUGACUUUGAGUCACCACCGUGGCUGUCCAAAAUGGGAGCCAAAUACACUCCAGGCUCCGGCAUGGCCUUUGGUCUCGGUACGCAUAGCAUCGACCAGGCGCUUGUCCUCUUUGGCCGCCCCAAGUCAGUGACGGGGUUCUUCCGCGUGCAACGUGACGCCGAGAGUGAAAUUGAAGAUUCUUUUACUAUUAUUUUACAGUAUGAUGGUAUGCAGAAAGAUCUGCUCGUUACCGUUAAAACAGCUGUGACGACGCCGAUGGCACAGCAAUUGAAGCAGCUCGUUCGCGGAACAAAGGGAUCAUUCAUAAAGUUCCAAAAGCAUAGCUUUUGCGCAACAGAGGACGGUAUCGCUGCUGGUCUCAAGCCGCUUGAUGAAGGCUUUGGCGUUGAAUCCGAUGAACUGCGGGGUAUUCUCACGACAUACGAAGAGUUCGACGGUAAAGUUCAGAAGUAUGAUCCUGAGAUCAAGAAGUAUACUGGCCGAUAUCCAAGUUUUGCAGGUCGAUGGAUGGGAUUGUAUGAGAAUGUCGCCGAUGCAAUUAAUGGCAAGGCAGGGUUGGAAGUGAAGCCAACGCAAUCACGCGAUGGUUUGAGGGUCAUUGAGCUUGCAAGGGAGUCACACCAAAAAGGUGCCACAGUUCUUUGGUCAUAAGAAAGUUACAUCAUCCUUCCUGUACUUAAUAAAAAGUAUGUUGUCUAUCUGCAUUACUG